AAGAUUGCUAACAAAAUAACUAAAACAAAAAUAAUGAACUUUAUAUUCUUUUUUUAAAUAAUAUAAUCGUCUUCUUUCUGCCCGUAUGAUUUAUUCAUAACUCAGAUAUUUUUUCAGUUGCAAAUAUCAUUCAAUCAAGAACCUUCAAUCAACCCCCACACGUAUAUCUUUCAACGACUUUAAGCCAAUUCCAUUGACUUGUCUCGCAUAAGGAAAUGACAACUAACAUUAAGAAGCCUAACACAAUUACAAGAAUGUUCCAAAGAAACCUGCAAAAUUCGACUCUGGCCUUCCGCUAUACAAAUACUAUCAAAUUUUUCUGUCCGGUAGUCUUCCUCAAUUCAGACUAAAUCACAAACCAAAAUGAUGAAUCCCGAAAAAUGGGUCUUCAAUUUAUUGCUUCCGUUUCUUUUCUUCAGAAUUUGCACUUCCAUUGACACCUUAACUCCAAACCAAUCCAUCAUCGAUGGCGACGUUCUAGUAUCCAGUGGUGAAACCUUUGCGCUGGGGUUUUUCAGCCCGGGAAAUUCUAGUCGCAGGUAUGUUGGAAUAUGGUAUAACAAGAUUCUAGAACAAACUGUUGUUUGGGUAGCCAACAGGGAUAGCCCAAUCAACGGUACAUCAGGGGUUCUAUCCCUCAACUGGGAUGGAAACCUUGUCAUCUACGAUAAUACCCAAAAUUGUACCAUUUGGCAGACAAAUGUAUCAGCAAUUUCUUAUUCAGCUCGACUCUUGGAUUCGGGGAAUUUGGUGUUGUUCCAAGGAGAUAGUGGGAGUGGAGGUGUUGUUUGGCAAAGUUUUGAUCAUCCUACGAAUACCCUGUUGCCAAACAUGAAGCUUGGGUUGGAUCGGAAGACCGGUCUUGAAUGGUUCCUCACAUCGUGGAAGACGAAAGACGACCCUAGUACAGGAGAAUACUCCUUACGGCUUGAACUGAAUGAGUUGCCCCAGUUGAUACUAUUCAAGGGCGCCUCAAGCCGAGUCUGGCGGCUACCCACAUGGUUAAAACGUCAGAGGAGUGCAAAACCUAAGGACAUGGCACGUUCCAUAAUGAAUGGAACUCAAGUGAACAAUCUCGACGAAGUUUAUACAUCUUACACCUUGAUCAAUGCGUCGAACCUGUCGACAAUGUUCGUGGAUGAAUUGGGUUCUUUAAAAAUGGUGACAUGGGUCGGCAAAUGGGUCGAGUUCGAUAAGGUCCCUGGAGACCAAUGCGUUGCUUACGGCCGGUGUGGUGCUUAUGGUUACUGCGACUCUAACAACGGGCAACAUUUCGAGUGUACGUGCCUUCCUGGAUACGAGCCCAGGUCAGCAGAGGAGUGGAACCUGCGAGAUGCAUCUGACGGGUGCAUCAAGAAGCGCAAGGAACUUUCCAUGUGCAUAAAUGGAGAAGGGUUUGUUAAGGUUGCGAAUGCAAAGAUUCCAGAUACAUCCAAGGCACGUGUCUGGAUGGGCCUGAGCGUGCAUGAGUGCAAGGAUGAGUGCUUGAGAAACUGUUCUUGCCUGGCUUACACGAGUACUGUAGAAGGAGGAGCGAGGGCGAUCUGCGUCACUUGGUAUGAAAAUUUGAUGGAUGUGAGAAGGUACGUGAGAAGGUUCUCUGAAGAUGGACUAGACUUGUAUGUAAGGGUUGAUGCGGUUGAAUUAGCUCAACGUAGGAAAUCAAGGAGACUAAAGCAAAGGAAGGUGGCUGUUGUGGUGACAUCAGCUGUCUUAGCAUCAGUCCUGUUUAUCAUCUUAGUAGGUUUGUUGGUGAUGAAGAAACGAAGAAGAGGGAUAGACAUUGAAGAUAGUGAUGAAGAAAACGUAGAAUUGCCCAUUUUUGAUAUGGUCACCCUUGCAGGGGCAACUAACAACUUUUCUAAUACAAAUAAAAUUGGAAAAGGGGGUUUCGGAUCAGUUUACAAGGGUCAUCUAUCAACGGGAAAAGACAUAGCUGUCAAGCGACUUUCAAGGGACUCCAAACAAGGUCUCAAGGAAUUCAAAAACGAGGUUAUUUUGAUCGCCAAACUUCAACACCGUAAUCUAGUUAAGCUUUUGGGAUGUUGCAUCCUCGGAGAAGAAAGAAUGCUAGUUUACGAGUACAUGCCUAAUGGAAGCUUGGAUUCCAUCAUUUUUGAAAUAACAAGAAGCAAAUUGCUCUUGUGGAGUAGACGCCUGGAUAUCAUUAUUGGGAUUGCUAGAGGGAUUCUUUAUCUUCAUCAAGAUUCAAGAUUGAGAAUCAUUCAUAGGGAUCUUAAAGCUAGCAAUGUGCUACUUGAUAGUGAGAUGAAUCCCAAAAUUUCAGAUUUUGGCCUAGCUAGAGCUUUUGGAGGUGAUCAGUCAUCCGAAAAAACAAAAAGGGUGGUCGGAACUUUUGGUUACAUGGCUCCCGAAUAUGCAAUCGACGGUCUAUUUUCAACAAAAUCAGAUAUUUUUAGCUUUGGAGUCAUAGUUUUGGAGAUAAUGAGUGGCAAAAGGAAUAGAAAGUUUCAUCAUGCAGAGCAUGAUCUAAACCUUCUUGGACAUGCAUGGGGACUUUGGAUUGACGGAAAAGCUUCUGAAUUAAUAGAUCCAAUGAUGGAGGGUUCAUUUCCAAUGUCUAAGGUGUUGAGUUGUAUACAGAUUGGUCUUCUAUGCGUCCAGAAAUGCCCCGAAGAUAGGCCAACUAUGUCAUCUGUGGUCUCAAUGUUGGUUUCGGAUACCGUAGCUUUGCCCCAACCCAAGCAACCUGGCUUUUAUAUUGAGCGAAGUUCCAAAGAGACGCAUGAACAUACUACCGCUCAAAGUCCUCCCAGCAUCAAUGAAGUGACAAUGACUGAACUAGAGGCUCGCUAAAAUAUAUGAUUGAUAUAAAUGAGUUCGGCUGUGUUUAGCCAGUAUUGUUUAGACCUACCGUAUCCCGUUAUCACGUACACUAAGCCAAACAUAGAUUUCGACUUCGAUAUGUUAUG